AUGCAGCGGUACCGCCACUAUGGCACCUCGUCCUCUACGGUGCCCGUGGAGGAGCUCCACGCCACUGAGGAGGAGGUGAGCGCUAAGGAACAGGAGGAGGAGCCCCUUGUAAAAGAGGAGCAGGAUGGCAUCCAGACCACAGGAGGCAUGGAUGUUGAGGAGGCCCCUUCCACGCAGGAGGCCCAUUUGCUCUCUGAGUCAAAGCCGCCACCGUCGGAAAGCAAGAACGGGAAGAAGACGCACGGCGGGGAUGCGGGAGGAGGAGCUAAGUAUUCCGUCUUCACCUGGUUUGUGGUCCUGGCGCUGUUGGGGGUGUGGAGCUCAGUGGCCGUCGUCUACUUUGAUGUGGUCGACUACAACAGUGUCAUCGCCAGAGCUGAGGAGUUUCGUAUGAACUUCUCGCAAGUUUUGCAAGGGAAGCUGAAGGCCUACGACACAGACGGAGACGGCGACUUCGAUGUGGAAGAUGCCAAAGUCCUGCUUGGCCUGAAAGAGACACCAAGCAUGAGACUCUCACCUGAACACAAAGAAGAAACUGCAAGGGAGACGUCGACCAAUCAGCAAGCUGCAAAGCCACAAAGAGAGGAGUCGAGGGAGGCUGAGAGGCCUGCAGAGAUGACGCCUACAGAGGAGACACCUUCAGAGGAGACACCUUCAGAAGAAAUGCCAAUCUCUGAAUCUGAGGACGUGGACUCUGAAAUCCAAGCUCCCGUCCCUCUGCCUGCAUUUGUGGAAGACGACUUUGUAGCAGAUGAUCCUGGAGAAGACACUGAGCAUAAUUACGCGGAAGACGCGGACGCCAUCGACACGAGCGGAGUGUUAGUGGAGGAGCCUUCGUCUCAGGAGAGCAUCGUGGAAUCGGCCAGAGAUAUGACCAGCUCCAAGUUCACACAGGAAGAAGAAGUGGAAGUGGGGAAACGGUCUGACCCAGCAGAACCACAGAGAGAGAACCAGGCGGACCCAGUAGAACCACAGAGUGAGACAACUGGGCAGACGGAGAGCGCCCCCAAAGAAGCGGCGGCCGAGGACAAGCCCAAAGAAAAAGCCAAGAAGAAGAAAGCGAAACUGCUGAACAAGUUAGACAAAACCAUCAAAGCAGAAGUGGAUGCUGCUGAGAAGCUACGCAAGAAAGGUAAAGUGGAGGCGGCGCUGAAAGCCUUUGAGACGUUAGUGCAGCAGCACCCUCAGAGCCCCCGCGCUCGCUACGGCCAAGCACAGGCAGAGGACGACCUGGCCGAAAAGAAGCGCAGCAACGACAUGUUGCAGAAGGCCAUCAACAGCUACAGAGAAGCCGCCGAGCUUCCGGACGCCACCGCUGACCUCAUUAGAGCGGCGCUGAAAAGACGAGCCGAGCGCCAACAGUUCCUGGGCCGCAUGCGGGGCGCCGUAGCGACCCUGGAGAGGCUGGUUCAGAUGUUCCCGGAAGACAUCGGUCUGAAGAACGACUUGGGCGUGUCCUACCUGUUGCUCGGAGACAACAAAGGUGCUAAGAAGGUCUACAAGGAGGUACUGGCGGCUUCCCCCGAUGACGGCUUUGCCAAAGUCCACUACGGAUUCAUCCUGAAGUCGGAGAACAAGAUCGCAGAGAGCAUUCCCUACCUGAAGGAGGGGCUGGAGUCUGGCGAGCCCGGCACUGACGACGGUCGCUUCUACUUCCACCUGGGAGACGCCUUGCAGAGAGUCGGAGACAAGAGCGCGUACGACUGGUACCAGCUGGGUCACGAGCGCGGCCACUUUGCGUCCGUGUGGCAGAGGUCCCUCUACAACGUGGACGGGCUGAAGGCGCAGCCCUGGUGGACGCCAAGCGAGACCGGCUACACCGAUCUGGUCAAGGCGCUGGAGAGGAACUGGAAGACCAUCCGGGAGGAGGCUCUGGCCAUGAUGGACAGCAACACGGGAAUGUUCGUCCCCGAGGAGGAGAACCUGCGGGAGAAGGGCGAGUGGGGACAAUACACCCUCUGGCAGCAAGGGAGGAAAGCUGUAGAUGCCUGCCAGACCGCCCCCAAAACAUGCUCGCUGCUGGAGAAAUUCCCUGAAGCUACUGGCUGCAAGAGAGGACAGAUCAAGUUCUCAGUCAUGCAGCCGGGCACGCACGUGUGGCCGCACACGGGUCCCACCAACUGCCGCCUGAGGAUGCACCUGGGCCUGGUGGUCCCCAAACACGGCUGCAGGAUCCGCUGCACCGACCAGACCAGGGAGUGGGAGGAAGGCAAGGUUCUCAUCUUCGACGACUCCUUCGAGCACGAGGUGUGGCAGGAGGCGGACGCGUACCGCCUCAUCUUCAUCGUGGACGUGUGGCACCCGCAGCUGACGGCCCAGCAGCGCCAGACUCUCAGCGCCAUCUAGACCAGGAAGUCUUUUUUACGCUUCUCUUGAGAGAUGAUACUACUGACCUGACCUGUUUCAACCCUUUGCCAAAAAACAUCAAGUUGUGUUUACUUGAGCAUACCAACCACUUUGUUACUUUCUCUUCGUGCUCAUCUUCCUCCCCACUUUUGUACCAUGACUACAAACACCAGAUACUAUUAGAGAUUAUAUUUUUGAAUAAAAAACAACACAAACACAUCACCUGUGGGGGUUUUU